AUGUUAUCUGCUAUUCUCAAAUGGUUCUGGUGUAUGGUCGGGGUCAUGGGUGGUUCCGAACCACCCACACCCGCACCUGAACCACGAAUUAUUCAAAGCAGACUCAAAACAGUGAGAAAACUUGGUAGUGGAGGAUACGGUGAUGUUGUGCUGAUGGUCGAUUCAAGAAAUUGUUCCAAACAAUACGCUGUUAAGUUGAUUACUGUAGGAUGCUGGAGAUGGUCGGAAGUUUUCAAAGAAUUUCGUAUUCACCGAUUCCUAUCAGAAGAAUUUCAUGAACAUAUCAUUGCGCUUUUUGCAGUUUAUCACUCAGCAGACCAAUAUGAAAUGAUAAUGGAGUUCGCUUCAGGUGGUGAUUUGUUCGAGCAUGUGAAGCGAAAUUCUCAAUUAGACUCUGAAACUUCUCGUCGAUUUUUCCAACAUCUGAUGGCUGGAAUCAAAUUUAUCCAUGAGCACAAUCUUGCUCAUAGAGAUAUUAAACACGAAAACCUUUUGAUCACUGCUAACAAUGUUUUGAAGAUAUCAGACUUCGGGAAAGCUACUGAAUAUCGUGACAGCGGGAAAGAGAUUUGGUUCUUCGAAAAAGUUGGAAGUCUCAGAUACGUUGCACCAGAGCUCCUAUCCUUUCAAAUGUAUCGAGGCCCGCCAGUCGAUAUAUGGGCUGCUGGAGUUGUUCUUUUCGGGAUGAUAACAGAUCUUCUCUGCUCAAUUUUAGAGGUCGACCCAACAAAACGUGCUACUAUUGACGACAUAGAAGCUGAUUUGUGGAUGCAUUCCUAA